UCCUCUUGGCACCAUCCACUCUCGCAUCGUCGCUGUAUUGGCUGCUGUUUUGUAUUUCGUGUUUACUCGCAGGACGACCCCUCCCACGGUAACAUGUAACCCGAGCUUCAGGUGUACAAUUCUGCUCGGCACCUCUCCGUGGAUUGCUCAGAGGGUUGAAAACGAUGCGCUUUGUUGCGAAAAGCUCCAAGUUGCUUUUGAAAGACUCGUGAAACUGGACCCGGUCGCCCCCCAAAAGAGCGGGUCUGGAUAACGGCACGAUGAUUUGAACGGGCAGCGAUGUGGAUGUAAAGCUGUAGACUAUCUGAGGAUUAUAAAACUGACAUGUGUACACCUAAUGAGACGGUAACCUGAGGUCCAUCCUGAGGAAAAACCAGGAUGCAUUCCAUUACCUUGGAGCUUUUAGGCAAGACCGAUGUCAGGGGUUGCUGUAAUCCCUCUGCUGCAGGAGUGCUGUUCCUGCUGUGUCUUGGCUUCCCUCCCUCUAUGGCCGCUUGCCCACCUUCCUGCCUUUGUGCCAGUGAUAUAAUUUCCUGCAGCGGAUGCAAUCUGUCUGUGGUGCCCUUUGAUCUACCAGGUUAUGCCACACGGUUGGACCUUAGCCACAACAGACUCACUGCCCUGCAUGUGGGCUGGAUUUCCCAACCGCUGCAACGGCUCGUUACACUGAUUCUCAGCAAAAAUUUCAUAAGAAGCAUUGACGUGAACGCCUUCAAUGUGACACCACAUCUCCUCCACUUGGACCUCUCGUCCAAUCAGCUGACAGUGCUGAACUCAUCCAUCUUCAGUGGGUUGAAAGAACUGAAGGAGUUGCUGUUGUUUGACAACCAGAUUAUUCAAAUCGAUCCGGGCGCCUUCAGGGACCUCUGCAACCUACAGAGGCUCUACCUCUCUACAAACAGGCUGUCAGUCUUCCCCCUAGUCAUUUAUGAAGAACCCGAGGGACCUCUAAAUCUGACAUUUCUAGACUUGUCAUAUAACAGACUGACUAAGGUGCCUGUCCAAAGCCUCCUGUACCUCACUCGCCAAAGAGGAAUUUAUUUGCAGGAAAACCCUUUAGUCUGUGACUGUGCGUUGCUUGCCUUGCUGGAGUAUUGGAUGUGGAAACAGUAUCCCCCUCUACUGGAUUUCAGAGGUGACUACCCAUGUAAAAAAGGAGCAGAGUCAGGAGUUCGUUGUAAGGAGCAUGAAAUGUCAGAUAUGCCCCUUGAGACACAGAUCUACCAAGUAGAGCCUGGUCAGUGGUUAAGAGUGCCAUGCCCAGGGUUGACUUUGCCUGCUCAGGAGGGGCUUGUGGUGUUUUGGGUCACCCCUACAACGGUACUGAAUUCCUCAAACAGUGAUCUAAGUGCCCGCCUCGCAGUUCUUCCCAAUGGCACCCUUGAAGUUCGAGAAGCGCUGACUGAAGAUUCUGGAACAUAUGGGUGUGUCAUACCCCGCGGACAUAACUACAACCCCAGUCACUCUCUGGAGGUCACAGUGGUAGUUGGAAAUUUAAGCAUUACCUCCACCAGCGGUUCAGCGCAUCGCAAUAGUGCAGAAAAUUUCAACACUGCAUUUACCACACUGGCUUCUUGCGUGGUCAGCAUCAUAUUGGUGCUCCUCUACCUCUACCUCACCCCCUGUCGGUGUCGGGAUGGCCGCGGCGGAGACUCGAGAGGCUGCGGCGGACGAGCCAUCACCCUGUGUUCAGACCCCAGAGAUGUGGAGACAACACAGCAGCGGACAAAUGGGAAGAAGGUGGUUUUCUUAGAGCCUCAGACCGAAGACUCUGACACUGGCUGCACCAAAAUUGCAGCAGUUAACUUGAGUCAUGUCACUUCUGAGGGCAUUCUUAAAAAUGGAAGUAGGACAGUGGGACAGCCCCUCACAGACCCCACUCACAUGGCAUAGCAAGAAAAAGAACCUUUUGCACAUUUCUGUACAGCAUGAACCCAAGUUUUUUUUUCUCGCUGUCUUUUUUCAGUACAUCAUGAAAAAAUCCAUUUGAUGUGAGUACUGCACAGUGAUUCUUGUGAAGUAGUUAUGCACUGUGGGGUUUGGGUGUUUGGUCUAAAGCAGAAAAUGCAAUCCUUUUGUGGGCAGAAUUUCAAUUAUGUCUCGACUGUAAGUGGUGUCUGUUUUUUUAAUAUUAAGAGUUCAUAUGGAAAUUUCAGUGUUACCGCAGGAAAUUGUUACAGCAAAGAUCACAAAGAUAGAAAUGUGGGUGGGUUUUUUUAUAUUGGGCCGAGAGAAAUAUCCACACCUGAUGUGAUGAGCUGUUAGAGGCAGUGGCUGUUGGGUAUUGUGCUUGCAUUUUCAAUGCAUCAUAACCAUUCUUUUAGCAUCUGUCUUGUACCGUGGGGCAUAUUGUCUUUGAAACAUGCCAGUCAUACUUGUGAAUUUAUCUUAAUGUUGUUUAACAAUGUUGUGCAGAUGAAUCUAUGUCUGCCAUUCACCUUUAAAAUCUAUAUGAAUCUGUAAAAAUUUCUUCUUAGACUAAAAUACACACAAAACCCAUUGUUUUGCUAUUGUUGCAGAAAAAAACACUUGAUGAACUGUUACAGGGGUGGUUUACUUCAAGAAGAACACAUUUCCAAAAUACACCAUGAUGAUAUAUAGUUGUUAUUGUCAUGGCUUUUGUAAAUAAAUGAUGGAUGUAGCUAAAAGUAUGUCAUUCGUAGAUUUCUGGUCUGCCAUUUUGGGGUGGGUGAAAAAAAUCUAUACGGCACAGAAUCACGUGUAUGUAUUGAUAUAGGGACACCAAAUAUUGACAUUUCCUUAAAUGAAUGAAAAUCAAUAAAUAUUGAAUAUAUUAAAUGUUCUGGGAAUACUACUCUACCAACAAGAGGGCUCGUGUCCUUCAACACCAUCCCAAGACAAAAUUAGCCGAACAAACUUACAAUAAAUCCGUUCAACCAAAAAACCAUCCAACAUAUAAUUCUAUAAUUUCCAACUUGACUCCAUUCAAUUGAAGACUGAAAGCAAACUGACUCUGCAUUAUGGCAACAUUUUCAGCAGGUUUUAGUGACAUGUUUGUAUGGUUGGCAAUGAAAUUUUGAAGCCAAUAAAACAAAAAAACUGAAAAACAGACAUGAGAUAAAUAUCUUAUUGGGUAAAACAGACAUCGACAAAGUAUAACUUUGAGGAGAUAGCUUUUAGUUGGUGCCAUUUUGACUGAUUUCAUUCUAAAUUUUUUCUUUUUAAAUUGAACAUAAUCAAACGUGGGGAAAGGGGUAGUGCUAACAUUAGCAACAGCUAUCUAGUAUUAUUUCGAAGAUGUGCAAUUCACUUUAAAAUGAAAUGCUAAUUUUCUCUUGUAAAACACUGCCAGUGUAAAAAUAUACAGAUGCUGAUCAGGGCCAAUGUGUAUCAUGUGUAGCUCUCAAGUAUGCCUUAAAUUAGGUCUUCAGUAAAACAAUAACAAAGACAGAAAUUAGCCAUGAAGACAGGAACUGUUAAAAACUGGGUUUUAAUCUGUUUCUGCUGCAAAGUUUGAUAUUUUAACAUAUCUGUAGGGACGGACUCGCUGAACCAAGACGUUCUCACUCCCAAAGCGUAGCAUAUUACGUUAUGUGACAAAUCGUCGGUAUGUUAAGUUUUUAGCCACCCAACACGUUCCUAUGUUACGAGGUUACUUUUCGCGUUCCCAUGGGACGCCUCAAAACGUGACAAAUUGUCGAUAUGUUACGCGUCAGGAAUGAAAAUGCUCUGCCUGAACUGACUCUCAAGUAGCCAUUUAAGAAACUGCAGUUUUUGGUUCUUUGCCUCAUUUUUUAACCCUGUAAGGUUCAGAGAACUCUGUCUUUGAGAUUUCUCCCUACAUAUCCAGAAGCGCCUUGAGGCGACUUUUGUUGUGAUUUGGCGCAAUAUAAAUA